AGAUGUGAUUUUGCUUGGUGGGUUUAUGUACUUUGGCUCUAUAAUUACUGCAAUUACAGUCAAAAGGUUCGAGGGUUUGGUUCUGUUUUGCUUCUUACAUUGGUUGAUUUCCGGGGUUUGAAAGUUUAUGGUAAUUCAAACCUAUUAAUCAACUCAUCAGAUCCCAAUUUUUUCUGGGUUGUCCUUUAAAUCAGUUUUACCAUAUUCUGUACAAUAAUUUUAAUCUGGUCUUGAACUGGGUUACUGGGUACAGUUUGUAUUUGUUUCUCAGCUGACAAAUAUUGUAUUUUUAUAGAAUACUAGGUCUAGGAUUGAGAGUGUUUACUCUGAUUAUACUGACUACUUCUGAUUGAGGGGUUUUCUCUUGUGUAUUGUUAGAACUUUAGAAUUUUUUGAGAAAAUUGUGUUACAAUGACCAUCGAGUCGUUGCCGGGAAGUUCCGGGUAUUUAUCAGGCAGUGAUAGGAAAAUAACUUAUUUCAGUAAUUCAUAUGUAGUGGGUUUGACUGUGGUUGCCGGCAUCGGUGGACUGCUCUUCGGCUAUGACACAGGAGUUAUAUCAGGAGCCCUUCUGUAUAUUCGAGAUGAAUUUGAGGUGGUUGAUCAGAGUAGUUUCCUACAGGAAACAAUUGUCAGCAUGGCCUUGGUUGGGGCAAUAAUUGGAGCUGCAGCAGGGGGCUGGAUAAAUGAUGUUUAUGGACGUAAAAGAGCUACUCUUCUUGCUGAUGUGGUCUUUGCAAUUGGAUCAAUUGUUAUGGCUGCUGCUCCAGAUCCAUAUGUUCUUAUAGUAGGACGACUUUUGGUUGGUUUGGGUGUUGGUGUGGCAUCUGUUACUGCUCCUGUGUAUAUUGCAGAAGCAUCCCCAUCAGAAAUAAGGGGAGGUCUUGUGAGCACUAAUGUGCUGAUGAUUACUGGUGGACAAUUUCUUUCCUACCUUGUGAAUCUUGCUUUCACAGAGGUUCCGGGGACUUGGCGAUGGAUGCUUGGAGUUUCCGGCGUGCCGGCUGUUAUUCAGUUCUCCCUUAUGCUGUUUUUGCCAGAGUCCCCUCGCUGGCUUUAUAUGAAGAAGGAUAAAUCUGAAGCCAUUUCCGUGCUUUCUAAAAUUUAUGAUCCUUAUCGGUUAGAGGAGGAGAUUGAUCAACUUUCUACCGCAUUAGAGGAAGAAGACCAGAGAAAGAAUGCUGUGAGAUACUCGGAUGUUUUUAAAGUGAAAGAGAUCAGACUUGCAUUUCUUGCAGGAGCUGGACUUCAGGCAUUUCAGCAGUUCACUGGCAUCAACACAGUCAUGUACUACAGCCCAACAAUUGUUCAGAUGGCUGGCUUCAGCUCCAACCAAUUAGCAAUUCUUCUAUCCCUCAUUGUUGCCGCAAUGAAUGCUGCUGGAACAGUUCUCGGAAUUUACCUCAUUGACUAUUAUGGACGCAGAAAGUUGGCCCUCAGUAGCUUAUCUGGCGUAAUCCUGUCCCUUAUCAUUCUCUCCGUGGCAUUUUUGCUAGAACCUUCUGGUUCUUCAGCUGGAUAUUUGGGGUGGAUUGCAAUACUAGGUUUAGCCUUGUAUAUUGCUUUCUUUGCACCUGGGAUGGGGCCUGUACCAUGGACGGUGAACUCGGAAAUAUAUCCGGAGUCGUAUCGAGGGAUGUGCGGGGGCAUGUCAGCUACUGUGAACUGGAUUUCGAAUCUGAUAGUAGCCCAGAGUUUUCUUUCAAUUGCUGAUGCUAUUGGAGCAGGUGGGACUUUCUUGAUCCUUGCCGGUAUUGCUGUGAUUGCUUUCGUGUUCGUGGCAGUGUAUGUGCCAGAGACCAAGGGAUUGACAUUUGAGGAAGUUGAGAAGAUUUGGAAGGAGAGGGCUUGGGGCAGCAGUAAUGGUAGAGAGAGCCUUUUGGCGGGAGGGCAGUGAGCCCUAAGAGUAGGGUUAUGGCUCGCUGCAGCAUUAAUUUUUAAAUGGUUUUGAAGGCAGCUUGUAUCUCUAUUGGUCUAUAUCAUUAGUGAAUAAAGAUUGUGGGCUUAUGAAAGUGUAUAUGCUUUGGCAACUAUGUGCUAUUACUAUCAGAAUUUUCAGGCGUCCCUGUGUGCUUGAUAUGUGUGUUUAAAUAUAAUUGUAUGUAUACAGACAUAUCUACAUAUAAGGCUUCAAGAUAAGCUCUAUUUUUUUCUA